UGGGAACACAUAAACUCAAAGAGUGCCAAGGGGGGGGGUGUGAGGAGGAAUGCCUGUGCCUGUGGAGCAUCCCGGAGAGCGUGGCUCUGUUGGGAUCUGUGAAGAUCCCAACAUCUCCCAGUCAGGGAGUGGAGAGGCACAAAACCCUCCGGAGACGGCACAGGGCUGCUCCAGGGCCCCUCCUGUUCCCUGGCACCGUGUCAGCCGUUGCCACCCGACCGGGGCAAGCCCGGGCCUCUCGCUGGCUGCCAGCCCUGCCCGCACCUCCCAGCACGGCCCGGCGCUGCCUCACCGGCACAGUGCCCAUCAGGGACUGGGAGGGUCCCGGGGGGGCUGGGGGGCACCCAGCCCCAUGCCAUGGGUGACACCGGGGAGUUCCCUCCCUGGGACGUGGCACCGAUGCCACCAGCCUCCUUCACAGCCCCUCUGGGUCUCUGCAAAACAGGUUUCUGCUCCCCACUGUCCCCCAUUUCUACAGCACAGUCAACCUGGGACAGAGGGGGAGAAGUGGAUCUGUCCCCUUCCUCCCCACCCAAAUCCCAAGAUUUGGCUCAUUUUUCAUCCCCCUUUUCCAUUCCGGAAGAGCCAGGCCAUUUCCAACACCAACCCUCCAGCAGGAAAACAUUCAGCACAAUUAACACGCUCAUUAAAAUCAUAAACAACAUGGGGGAGGGGGAGGAUUUUGGGGUUUACCAGCCCAGAAGAAACCCUCUUUUGUCUUUUUGUAACAGGAGAACUUGAUUCAAAAAGCUUCAAGAGGCUGAGCAGGCCGAUUCCCUGCACUGUUCUCCCCAAAAUCACAUAGGGGAAACAGCCUGGGCCCAGCCGGCCCCAUGCUUCCCUCUGAGAAAGUCCAAAAUGUCUGCCUUCAUAUGGACACCCUGGUCUGUGUUGUUUUUUUUUUUUUUUUUCCUUUAUACAAAAUUUAUCGCUUAUUUUUCCCUUUUAUGUGCCCUGGUGCCCAAGAUACACAUUGUUCCAUCACAUACUUGCAGGCUGGGAAGCCCAUCCACAACACCCACGGCUCAGGCAUCGUGGCCACCUGCAAGGAGCGUUACCAGUGCCCGUGGCACGAACGGGGAAAAAUCCGAGAGAGACACCUGGAAAAGUUCACCGACUUCGCUCUCGGGGUCACUCGUCUCCUUGAGAUCCAAGAUGGAGCCCAGGCUCCAGCAGGGAGGAGGAGGCCGAGCUGGAACUGGGCCGAGGCAAACCGGGGCGAGAGCCAGCACCUCCCGGUGCGCCCGGUGCCGAUCCCCCCGGGGAGACCCGCGUUGCUCAUUGCCAGCCGCAUUUGCGAACUGUGGUCCGGGCCUGCUGCCCGCCGCGCGGGGACGGCUCCGAAGGCGGAGGGGGGCGAUAACGGAGCGAAGCUGAGUCCAAAAGCCGGGCCUAGAGCCGGGCCCCUUCCUGGGGCCGCCGCCCGCCGCUUGAGCGAGGCCUCGGUUCCCGGUGCCGCCGCCAGGCCGGGCCGGUCCGCACCCAGGGCCAGAUUUCAGUGUCUCCAUCCUUCCGAAAACCUCCUCCCCGGAGCCCGCCGAGGGAGGCGGCCCCGCUGCGGCGCAGCCCCCGGUACCGGGGUCCCCCCGCCCCCGCGGCCGCCGCUCCGAGCCGGGAGCGGCCCCGCCCCGCCCCUCCCGUCGCCAUGGCAACGCGGCCCUGCCCGGUCGGGGCCGCUCGGUAUCAUGGGACGGCGAGUCUGCGGCGGCGCCAUCCCCGCCGCCAUGCCGCGGCGGAGGACUACAGCCCCCACAAGACCCCGCGGCGGAGGCGAGCCGCGCCUCUUCCUCUACAAGUCUCGUUUCCAUUGGCUUCGCUGAGCUGUCAGGCAGCGGUACGGCGGCGCCUGAUUGGUGGAAGGGGGACAGCGCCGAGGCGCCAGCUAUGGCGGCCGAGAGGGUGAGGGGGGGCAGCGGCGGCCGCCGCCAUUUUGUGUGUGCCCGGGCCGGCUCCGGGCCUCGCUGCCCGCCGCGGAGGCGCCGCCGAACCGCGGCCGGAUUCCCCGAGGGGGUUCUCUGCCCGGAUCCAGUGGAUCGCAGUUAACAUGGCCUCCCCUCUGCUGCCGUCUACUGAGGCAGCAAUUGCUGCUGUGGUGCUUGGAGAGACUUAAAAACAAAAGCGUUUGCCUGUUGCCAGGGCCGAGGGGGUAACUUUUCAAGGUCCUGAACUCUGAAGCUUCAUAUUUUUAUAAACUGCUGCAUUUUCAAAGCUGGGAGGUUUAUCAUCGUGCGUGUCUUCACGUGUGCAUGACAGUGCCACUUGCAACACAAGAGAAUCACCAGGAUAUCCUGAACAGCUGUCCAGCAGUGUUUUCAGGCAACUGGUCUGUCAUUACGCCCCUUUGCCCCUGUGUCCAUAAAGAACGGUCCUAACCACAGUUGAGCUCGUCUCCUCGGGACCGGCGCUGAGCCCGGCUCCGGCGCUGGCGGGGAGGCUCGGGCGGGCGCGCUCCCCUCAGCUGGGGAGGCGAAGAGCGGACGAGCUCCCUGCCUGUUACUGAUCCACUCGGAGGUUUCAAAGGUCCCUGAACGCCCUAAGCCCGCGUCUGCCAGGAGGUUUGAAAGCAGGGGCUGGAAUGAGCCUUUACGAGGAGACGUGCCGUUCUUAAAUGCCUCCUGAAGUGGGGAUUGGGGUAACCUGGUGCCAAGAGCCACAGUUCGUGGUACUUCUGGAGCGUAGCACCCACUGCUGGAGUUAGCGCUGCUGGACGCGUGCCUGCGGCUGUCCUGCCCCAGAAGAAAACAGAAAUCAAUCCCGGAGAGGGAAAUCGCUCAUUUGGGGGGAAAUGAAUUGCUGGAAAGAAGAGCCCGGGCUGGAGGAGGGCUCUGGCUUCGGCGCGGCUGCUCCAGCCAGCGCGAUCCUGCCGAACUCGCUGCCUCUCGCUGCCGGCCUGGCUCGGGGCCUCCCCCCGCAGCCGCACCGGGCGCUGGCUCUGCUGCUGAUGUCAUGGCAGAGGGGAAGGCAGCGCGGGCGGCUACCGGGCUCUUGAGCAAGUAGCCCUCCAAUAGUUUCCUUUUUUUUUCCUCCCCGGCAGUGCCAGCGUACGCCGCGGAGCAGGCCGGGGUUUGCCAGGCUUGCGUUAAAAAUCUGCCGUGAUCCUUUAAAGCUGAAGCCCCUCAGCGUUUCGUACUGACCCGCCUGCGCGUCCCACCCCGGGGACACCUCUGUCUCCUCCUCCCCCAGAGCUCAACCCCUCUGUUUAUUUGUCAGAAAAAGCUGCUGCUCUGCACUGUAGCACGGGGGGGGGCUCCCCCAGCUGCUGCCCUGGUUCCCCAGGUACAGCCUCUCCUGAACUCGCGCUCCCAGUGUUCAGCCUGAUGGUGUGAACCGGAGCAGACUCAGACCCCUCCAUUCCUUUGCCCUUUAAUUUGCCUGUUUUUUCCACACCCCCCCCCAAACCCCCCCACACCACACAGCUGCCUGACGCUCCUCCUGCUUUUUUCUCCUUCCCCUCAGGUACAGCAGCAGGGAUGUGAAAGGUUGAGCCAUCGCGUUUGCCUUCCACUGAUCCCUCCUCGUCAGCCAUUUCAGAGGCCAAGCGCUGACUACUAAAACUUUUCCCUGGGCUGCUCCAGAACUUUUUAAGUUUUUUCCCCCACUUGUAGCUUAAAGCAUAUUUUUAGGCAGUUUUUGCCCCAAUUUCAGUUAACUGACCCAGGUUCCUACAGACCUGGGCGGGGGGGAACAGAAUUAAGUUUAAGCAAGCCUUUAGGCAAAUAUAGUUUAGCUUAUUAAUGCACUAGAGAGGUGUGAGCAGUGUCCAUUAUACACCUAAUCGUAAGAGCUGUUAUCCCUCUUCCAAGUAUUUUAACUAUUUCAGCUCAUGGAACAGGAUUAGAACUAAAAUAAGGGGGGGGGGGGGGGGAAACCCAAAAGGGUUAACUGGGAAAUUACAGCUAAUUUGAAUCAGCCACCACCACAGACCAGUUAUAUCAUCAUGAAAAUAAUUCAGAAUGUAUUCCCUUCUGCAAUGCCAUUCUGAAUAUUUUCUAGAAAUCACACUGAAACCAUUACAGUUACAAGUAAUUAAAUUUAUUAGACCUCUAUAAUUUUUUAUAGUCAGUUUUGGCCAAUUUACAGCUUUCCUGGGGAAUUUUUUUUUUUUUUUGUUUAGACACAAAAAAAAAAAACCCAAAACAUAAACCAAAUAUCACCAA